UUUCUCUUAACAUUAAAGUUCUAUGAGGUAUUUGGUGCCUUAUCUCCAGUCCUGGGGGGAGGGGGGGCCCAGGGGGGAGACCUGGGGCUCACCCGCCCCUCCCUCCCCUACCCCUUCCCAAAAUAUUUGGUUUCACAGCUGUAGUUAAAGCUUGGGAGUUUGUGGGUUGGUUUUUGUUUUGUUUUUUUUUUUUGUCUGUUUCUUUGUUUUCUUAAGCCCCCACUUCUUGCCUGGACAUUGAGUGAAGAUGAGGGUGGGUGCCACAGGAGGCCCCCUCCUUCCCAACCGCACUGUGGCAGGGCCUAUGCCCUGGCCUUGCCUUCUCUCUCCCUCUCUCCCCAUCCGUCCAUGUCCCCCGCUGCCCCCAGCAGCCAAGGCAGGGGAGGUACCUGGGGGGCACAGGCCCAGGAUGGGCAGGAAGGAGAUGAUGGAGGCAAGGGUGCUGAGUCCAGGGGUGGGGGCGGGGUUGGGUUUUUGUUUUUUUGUUUUUUUUUUUGGUCUAGAAUCAAAGUUUUGUUUUGUUGUUUGUUCCUUCGUUUGUUUGUUUUCCAGCAAUUCGGAGUGUUCUCAGCAAUGCCUUCUCUCGGUUUUGUCCAUGGUUUCUUUUUCCCUUUUGUUUCUUGCGUUCUGUCAUCCCUGUCCAGGCAAGCAGCCCUUAGUCCCAUUGCCCCCCUGCCCCUUGGGGGGCCCACACAUUCUCAUCCUGGUCCCAGGUCCCCUCCUGUCUCUCUCUCUCAGAAACAAAAAAGAAACGUUUGGUAGUAGGGCGAGGGCAGGGGAUCCGGGCCGGUGGAGAGGAGGAGUACAUUCUGCUGGGGGGCAGGCACUGAGGGAGGCCCUGCAUCCACAGCUUCUCCCCUCCUCGGGAGGAGCAGGGCCUCUGGCACUCCCCGGACCGAGGCUUCCUGGCAUGGGCUCCUACCGAUGGUUGUCCGCAGUCCAGAAAGAGGCAGAGAGGCAGCCCGGGCUGGCGAGGAGGGCGCUUCCUCCAGAGAUGAGGACCGGGAGGGGAGACAGGGAAACCAAACCGCCAGGGCCCCCGGCACCCCGACUCAAUCCAGCUCUCCUCUUGUGUCCAGCAGAAAGAGGAAGAUCCGAGUGGCCGGACGGCAUCCGGGGUCUCUCUACUGCCCCGCGAUACAGGAAAGGGCUCCCACAUCACACCAAUGGCUCACUUCCUACCCGGCAACACUUUGGUUUGAGGAAGGAGAGAAAGAAAAGGGAAAGAGAGAGAGGAAGACCAACGGGAACCGAAAAGGGGCAUUCCAAGGAUCCAAACCACUCGGAAAUGGUUUUCUUCUUCGGAGAUUUCCUUCAUGGUUUUCCGUCAUUUGUUUAAAGCUUUUUUUGUUUUUGUUUUUAGUUGAUUUGGGGGGAGGGGGAGGAGGGCGUAGCAGUCAGGGAAAGAGGGGGGCUCCCUCUGGGUCCUGGCCUUGAUGUCCUCCCAUCCUGCCCCGGCCCAUCCUUCCUGGCCAAGAGGCCGUCCCUUCCCCUCCCUCCCAACCCCCGUAGAGGUCCAUGAGGUAUUUGUGACGAGAAAGAAGUAUCUAUCCGUCCGUCCGGCCAUCCAUCCAUCCAUCCACUGCGGAGGCUGAAGGCCCUUGCCAUCACCGGGGGGGCCCUGGCUUCCCUCCCGGCUCCUCCAGUGUCUUCCUACGUGACCGGCAGAGGGACACCCCUGACGGCAGCGUUCCCACAGGCCUCUGUCAUCUAGACACAUCCCAGCGCCCCCCCCCCGGGGAGCCGCGGAGAGGCCCUCGGUGGCCUCCCCGCCCCCGAGUCAGACCCUGAUUCUGGGAG